CCAGUUAGAAGUCAAAAAGACUCGUACAUAAUUCAGCUGAUCUGCACAACAGGUUGGAGUCAUGUCUUCAGACAUCUUGGUGUUGGCUGCUCUGGGUAGACCUUUCACCUUAGGGGCGCUCUAUGAUGCUCGGCAAGAUAAACUGAUCCCAGGUUUCACAUUGUGGAAAGAUGAAGUUCUAAAAGAGAGCACAGUUGAUUGUCCUCAGCCCAGCAGUGUAUUUGAAAUCAUUGCAUCUGAUUCCAUUGAGGACAAGUCUUCUCUGCUGGAUGUUGAAGCUUCUUUGAAAGCCAGUUUCCUGGGUGGACUGAUAGAAGUUGGAGGAUCUGCCAAGUAUCUGAAUGAUACGAAGAAAUAUCAGAAUCAGAGUAGAGUGACACUUCAGUACAAAGCUACCACCAACUUCAAACAGUUGAUGACUAAUCUUGGAAGCAAACACGUAGAAUAUUCUGAAUUAUUUGAGAACAUCCAGGCAACACAUGUAGUGAUAGGGAUCCUUUAUGGUGCGAAUGCUUUCUUUGUCUUUGACAGUGACAAAGUAGAUUCUAGCAAUGUUCAGGAAAUCCAGGGCAGCAUGGAGGCUAUGAUAAAGAAGAUUCCCUCGGUUGAAAUUUCAGGGCGAGGUGCUGUCCAGCUAACCAGUGAAGAAAAUGCCAUAACCAACAACUUCUCCUGCAAAUUCCAUGGGGACAUUUUUCUUACAAGUAACCCUACAACUUUUCAGGAUGCAGUUCAAACUUACCAGCAACUUCCACAAAUGAUGGGAAAAGAGAAUGCUGUUCCAAUGACAGUAUGGCUCGUACCGCUGACAAAUUUUUAUUCUAAAGCCCCUCAACUGGUUGCUGAUAGCAGCACUCCGAUACUUAGGAAGGCUCAAAGGACUCUGGAAGCCAUGAGGCAACUGGAAAUGAGAUGCAACGAUUCUCUGGAAGACAAAACAGUGAAUCUGUUUCCACAGAUUAAAAAGAAGCUGAGCAAUUUCCAAACCAUGUGCAAUGAUUACAUGUUAAACCUCCGACAGACCAUUGCAAAGAAACUUCUGUCCUUCCGGAGUGGAGAAGAAGAUGAGCGUUCAUUGCUGAAAGUUUUUGAAGACAACCUCAGAUCACCAUUCAACAUCAACAGCCUAAACAUGUGGAUGGAAUGUGAAGAAAGAGAGAUCAAUGUCAUUAGGUCCUGCAUGGAUAUUAUAGAGGGCGCAAAGCCCAAAAUUGUUUCUAGUAAGAAUGAGAUGAUCACGGCGCUUCUUGAUUCGAAAGUACAGCAUGCUGUGUGCUUUGUAUUUACCUAUGUGGUAGACUAUGACCCUUACCUGAAGGGGUUAAAUGAGUUCUUGAAUUCACCUAAAAGAAUUGCAAAUCCUAAGAAACUCAGACCAUCAGCAAAAGACUACUGGUAUGCCUCAGACGACAUACCAGAGAUGAUGAGAGAAAAGGCCCACCUUUUCUGCCAACUUGCCAAAGACAUGGACAACCGCACUGUCCGUUUCCUUGUAGCAGCUAUAGAAAAUGUGAAGCAAGAAGGAGCAGGCAUCCACUAUUACAGGGAGGGCAUCCUGAUCAUUGAUGAGUUUACACGUCCUUUCAUGCCUUCUGUGGAGACCAUACAAGACAGAAGAGAGUUACUCUGGUAUGACUGUGAGCUCACCCUGGACCCAGACACAGCACAUCCAGUCCUGACUCUUUCUGAGGGCAACAAAAGGGUAGAGUCUGGAAAACGGCAGUCAUAUCCAGAUCAGCCAGAGAGGUUCGAAAUGUAUCAGCAGGUGCUGUGCAAAGAGGGGCUGAGUGGGCGCCAUUACUGGGAGGUAGAGUGGUCUGGUUAUGUUCGCGCAGGUGUCACAUAUAGAGGAAUCAAGAGGAAAACAUGGGCAUCAGAGGCCUCACUUGGACAUAGUGAAAAGUCCUGGGUGUUUGACUAUUAUCCAACAUCUGGAUACUGUCACAUUUACAAAGCUACAAAGGUACGUGUCAACGUGUCCUCUCCUGGCUUUCAACGUCUAGGAGUGUAUCUAGACUGGCCUGCUGGCACUCUGUCCUACUACAUGGUCACCUCUAACAGAGUGAGUCACCUCCACACCUUCCGCACCAAAUUCGAUGAGGCUGUUUAUCCGGGCUUCUUGGUUGGGUUUCCGAAGCCAUCCCAAAACGGUCAGAUCAAAUUGCUCUAAAAUGUAGUCAGAUACUAAAAACAGACUCUUUUCUUCCUCCUCCAAGGAUUCUGUAUUUUACUGGAAGUUGAGACCAAAUUGUAUGUUAGUAUGACGAGUAUGUUAAGAAAUGGUGUUAUAUUGAUAGGAGUAAACCUGAGUUUUGUAGGGGGUGCUUUAACACGUUUUUGACACUUGGUAUUCAACAUACAUAUACACUUUAAUUUAACUUAGUGACUUUGCAUCUCAAAGUCAGUAUAGAAUAGAGUAUAGAAGAUUUCUCAAACAAAGGAAACUGCAUUUUAUGCCAGUGGAAUUGACUGUUGGCUAAGCCCUUCACCCCACCCCUCAUAGUCACUGUUGCUAUGGCCACCAAGUUUUGCAUUCUGGCACAGUAUUCAGUUUACAAUUUUAAUGAUGGCAGAUUGUAUACUGUUUCUUUUCAUUUCUGAAACAAUGAGAAACGAUAGAUUUUAGACAGUGACUAUCCAUUUUGCCUGCUGGAAUGACAACUGUCAAUGGCAGAUUUUAUCAGCUGUAGCUCACAACCUACUUAUUUAAUCUUAAAGUUCUAGUGUAUAACAUUUAAGAGGACCUGUUGGCAGAAAUUAAAUGUAAUAUUCAUAAGUAUGUUUUCAUUAGUGUAUAAUC